AUGUUAGAUUUUAUUGCAUCGACCUCGGAGUCGAAGGAAGUUGGAUACCUAAUUGUCGUUGGUUAUGGAGUUGUCUAUAUCAGCAAAGCUAUUUGCACUUCAUUUGACUUGCACCAGCUUGAUAGAUUUGCUACCACUCUUCGCGGGUGCUUGCUUAAUUGCACCGCUGGUAUUCUCUACAAUGUUGUUUUUGGUGUCCAGCCUUGUGGCUCAGCCCCUGAUGACUCGACAUUGGUUUGGCUAGAAGCAACAGAAGAGAGAGUUGCUCGCAUUCGACGCAUUGAAUUGUUUCUCAAGGCUGAAACGAAAAGAGACAACAGAAUGAUAAUGGAACUGGGGCGCGAAGUCAUUGACCCUUCCUUCGGGCACGCCAUUCAGCGGCAGACUGAGGAUGCAAUUGUCAUUAGAGAUCUCAGCUAA